UAAAGGAUAAUAAGCUGCCUCACUUCACGUCGUCUGGAAGUUGAAGUGAAGCACGAAGCUAUUUUUCUAUACAGACCUGCUGAGAACAGGAAAGAGCUGCACUCUGUUCAUGGCUACAAGCUCACAGGUUGUGGUGUUUGUGUGACGGUGUGGACUCUGGUAUGAAUCAGGGUGAGGACCAAGACGAGGGAGGCCCUCCCUCUCAAGAAACUCUGUGUGGGGAACAUGACAGCCAGACCAAAGCUCAAAGGAUCCAUCCGAGACCACAAGCUGGAGCUGAACCCAGCUGUGUUUCCAUGAAGAGUAACUGGUCUAUGGACCGGCCUAUAAACUACAAAGAUGGUUGUCCUGAUGUUGAUGGAAGUUCAUAUCAGCAGAGAAGAAAGUCUUCUGAACCCAGCUGUGUUUCCAUGAAGAGUAACUGGUCUAUGGACCGGCCUAUAAACUACAAAGAUGGUUGUCCUGAUGUUGAUGGAAGUUCAUAUCAGCAGAGAAGAAAGUCUUCUGAACCCAGCUGUGUUUCCAUGAAGAGUAACUGGUCUAUGGACCGGCCUAUAAACUACAAAGAUGGUUGUCCUGAUGUUGAUGGAAGAGAGGACCAGGAGAGCUCAGAGGUUCCAACAGGUCUGUCCGCCCAACAGCAUCAAACACACCUGGACUCCAUCUUUAAGCUGCUGGAGGAGAACAUCCUCACUUUUGUGAAGAAUGAGCUGAAGAAGAUCCAGAAGGUUGUAACUUCAGAUUACCCAGAAUGGAGGGUAGGUGAGGAGGUGCUGGAUGGUGAGGAUGAAGAGCAGAAGAGGAGCAGCAGAGAGGCCUUUUGGAAGAUCUCAGUGCACUUCCUGCAGAGAAUGAAGCAGCAGGAGCUGGCUGACCGUCUGCAGAGCAGCCUUCUUGCUGCAGUUUGUCAGCGGGAACUCAAAUCUAACCUAAGGAAGAGGUUCCAGUGUGUGUUUGAGGGAAUCGCUAAAGCAGGAAAUCCAACCCUUCUGAAUCAGAUCUACACAGGCCUUUACAUCACAGAGGGGGGGACUGCAGAGGUCAAUAAAGAACAUGAGGUCAGACAGAUUGAAACCGCAUACAGAAAACCAGCCAGACCAGAAACAACCAUCAGACAAGAAGACCUCCUUAAAACCUCAGCUGGAAGAGACAAACGAAUCAGAACAGUGAUGACUAAGGGAGUCGCAGGCAUUGGGAAAACCGUUUUAACACAGAAGUUCACUCUGGACUGGGCUGAAGACAAAGACAACAAGGAUAUACAGUUCACAUUUCCAUUCACCUUCAGAGAGCUGAAUGUGCUGAGAGAGAAGAAGUACAGCUUGGUGGAACUUGUUCAUCACUUCUUCAGAGAAACAAAAGCUGCAGGAAUCUGCAGGUUUGAAGAGUUCCAGGUUGUGUUCAUCUUUGACGGUCUGGAUGAGUGUCGACUUCCUCUGGACUUCCACAACAAUGAGAUCCUGACUGAUCUCACAGAGUCCGCCUCAGUGGAUGUGCUCCUCACAAACCUCAUUAGGGGCAAACUGCUUCCAUCUGCUCGCCUCUGGAUAACCACACGACCUGCAGCAGCCAAUCAGAUCCCUCCUGAGUGGGUUGGCAGGGUGACAGAGGUCAGAGGGUUCACGGACCUCCAGAAGGAGGAGUACUUCAGGAAGAGAUUCAGAGAUGAGGAGCAGGCCAGCAGGAUCAUCUCUCACAUAAAGACCUCACGAAGCCUCCACAUCAUGUGCCACAUCCCUGUCUUCUGCUGGAUCACUGCUACAGUUCUGGAGGAGGAGUUAAAGACCAGAGAGGGAGGAGACCUGCCCAAAACCCUGACUGAGAUGUAUGUCCACUUUCUGGUGGUUCAGUCCAAAGUGAAGAAGGUCAAGUAUGAUGGAGGAGCUGAGACGGAUCCACACUGGAGUCCAGAGAGCAGGAAGAUGAUCAAGUCUCUGGGAAAACUGGCAUUUGAUCAGCUGCAGGAAGGCAACCUGAUCUUCUAUGAAUCCGACCUGACAAAGUGUGGCAUCGAUAUCAGAGUAGCCUCAAUGUACUCAGGAGUGUUCACUCAGAUUUUUAGAGAGGAAAAAGGCCUCUACCAAGACAAGGUGUUCUGCUUUGUCCAUCUGACUGUUCAGGAGUUUCUGGCUGCGCUUCAUACCCAUCUGACCUUCAUCAAUUCCGGUGUCAAUCUACUGUCAGAAAAACAAACAACCUGCUUGGUGUCUACAGUCUCUAAAGACAAAGCUAAACCAAAACAUUUCUACCAGAGUGCUGUGGACAAGGCCACACAGAGUCCUAAUGGACACCUGGACCUGUUCCUCCGUUUCCUCUUGGGUCUUUCAAUAGAGACCAAUCAGACUCUCCUACAAGGUCUGCUGACACCGACAGAGAGUAGCGCAGAGACCAAUCAGAGAACAGUCCAGUACAUCAAGCAGAAGAUCAGUGAGAGUGAAUCUUCAGAGAAAAGCAUCAAUCUGUUCCACUGUCUGAAUGAACUGGAUGAUGGUUCUCUAGUGGAGGAGAUCCAACAGGCCCUUACUUCAGGAUAUCUCUCCACAGAUAAACUGUCUCCUGCUCAGUGGUCAGCUCUGGUCUUCAUCUUACUGUCAUCAGAAGAAGAUCUGGAGGUGUUUGACCUGAAGAAGUACUCUGCUUCAGAGGAGGCUCUUUUGAGGCUGCUGCCAGUGGUCAAAGCCUCCAACAAAGCUGUACUGAGGGAUUGCAACCUCUCAGAGAGAAGCUGUGAAGCUCUGUCCUCAGUUCUCAGCUCACAGUCCUCAAGUCUGAGAGAGCUGGAUCUGAGUAACAACAACCUGCAGGACUCAGGAGUGAAGCAUCUUUCUGCUGGACUAGAGACUCCACAAUGUUUACUGGAAACUCUCAGACUGACGGACUGUAACCUCUCAGAGAGAAGCUGUGAAGCUCUGUCCUCAGUUCUCAGCUCCCAGUCUUCUAGUCUGAAAGAGUUGGAUCUGAGUACCAACAGUGUGCAGGAUUCAGGAGUGAAGCUGCUGUCUAUUGGACUGGGGAGUCCACACUGUGGACUGGAGACUCUCAGGCUCUCAGGCUGUCUGAUCACAGAAAAGGGCUUUGAUUAUCUUGCCUCAGCUCUGAGCUCCAACCCCUCCCAUUUGAGGGAUCUGGACCUGAGCUACAAUCAUCCAGGAGACUCAAGAAUAGGGCUGCUGUCUGAUGGACUGGCGAAUCCACACACUAAACUGAAAAAUCUCAGGGUGGAGCCUGCUGGAGUGCAAUGGUUCAGACCAGGUCUGAGGAAGUAUUCCUGUGAACUCACGAUCGACACAAACACAGUAUACAGCGAACUCAAACUGUCUGACAACAACAAGAAGGUGACACAUGUCAAGGAGGAUCAGUCAUAUCCUGAUCAUCCAGAGAGAUUUGACCUCAGGCCUCAGCUGCUGUGUAGAACUGGUUUGACUGAUCACAGUUACUGGGAGGUUGAGUGGAGAGGAAGGGUUAAUAUAUCAGUGAGUUACAGAGGAAUUAGGAGGAAAGGAAACAGCUCCGACUGUUUGUUUGGAUGGAAUAAUCAGUCCUGGAGUCUGAUAUGCUCGGAAGAUGGCUACUAUGUCCGUCACAAUACGAAAGAAACACCCAUCACCACCACCACCCCCUCCUCCCCCUUUGGGAGAGUAGCAGUGUAUGUGGACUAUACUGCUGGAUCUCUGUCUUUCUACAGAGUCUCUUCUGGAACACUGACCCACCUCCACACCUUCAACACCACAUUCACUAAACCUCUUUAUCCCGGGUUUGGUUUCUGGUUCCUGCCCAGUUCGGGCUCCUCAGUGUCUCUGUGCUUGAUGCAGGAGGGAGAGUCUCCUCCUGGUAGAGAACCUUCCUCUCUGCUCACCAGAUAAUUAAGUCUGUACAGGAUGCCAGUUCAUGUAAAUGUAGAUGCAGCUGGAGCAGGUGAGGGGUACAGAGCUCUCUUGGACUUGAUGUUGUUGUUGUUGCAGAAGGAAGUUUUAAAGAGCUCAGCGAGGUGUUUUUAAUGCUCAAUUUAAAAAAAUGUAUUUCAAAUUGUGUAUAGACAAAA